AUGGGCCUAACCACCGCCGCCAUCAUCGUCAUCGUCAUCGUCGCCUGUCUAGCCGCCGUGUCGCUGGGCGCCGCGCUCACCCGCCAACUGUACCCCGCCGAAGCCUACGAGCGCCGGUUCCAGCCCUCGCAUACCCAGGAGAUGUAUAUGCGGUCGGUGCGGAUGAGAAAUCUGGGGAUCUUUCGUCGCGAGAGUCUUCAUUCGUCUGUGGGGAUGGGCAAGGAUGUGGAGAGUCGAUAUACCCUUGAGGAGGCGAGUUCGAGGGGAUGA